UACCCCACACUCCUGUUCCUGUGCCUUUUAGCUCCUCCAUGAAUUGUUGUGGUUUCUCUUUCCUGAUCUUUUACAACCACCCGCUUUUCCUUAAUUUCCCAUUAAACCACUUUUUACAAAGUAAUUGAUAGAGUAAGGACUUUGCAGACGGCCUAGGGUCCCAAUGUUGACUGUCCUGUAAUAGUUGGGUUACUUUGGACGUGCUACAGCUUAACUCAGCCUCGGACCCUUAUCUGUAAUAUGGGCAAUACUAUAUGUAGAAACUCUCCUCAAAAGCUGAUAUGGGAGGACUGUAAUGCACGUGAGGCACUUGGUCCUUAGCAGUUCCUUCUUCUCUUUGAGUCUCAUCCUUCACUCACCUCUACUCCAGAAAGCUUAUAUGGCUCAGCGACUUCUCCUGAGGAGGUUCCUGACCUCUAUCAUCUCCAGGAAGCCCCCUCGAGGUCGGUGGGCACCCCUCACCUCCAGGGCUCUGCAGACCCCACAGUGCAGUCCUGGUGACCUGACGGUAAAACCCAGUCAAGCCCGGUCUUUAUACACCACCAGAGCCUGUACAACAACCUUUAACAUCCAGGAUGGACCUGACUUUCAAGACCGAGUUGUCAACAGUGAGACACCAGUGGUUGUGGAUUUUCAUGCACAGUGGUGUGGUCCCUGCAAGAUCCUGGGGCCAAGGUUAGAGAAGGUGGUGGCCAAGCAGCAUGGAAAGGUGGUGAUGGCCAAGGUGGAUAUUGACGACCACACAGACCUCGCCAUAGAGUAUGAGGUGUCGGCGGUGCCCACCGUGCUGGCCAUCAAGAAUGGGGAUGUGGUGGACAAGUUCGUGGGCGUCAAGGACGAGGACCAGCUGGAGGCCUUCCUGAAGAAGCUGAUUGGCUGACAGGCAGGACAGGCCCUGGUUGCUCUUGCCCGCCGCCCGGGAGAACUCAGUCCUGGGCGGGCCCUCCCCACCUCCCUCCUGUCUGGCCCCCGAGGGCCCGUGUUUGGAGGCCAGGCCUCCAAGCUCGGAUCCUCCAGUGCUUCCAGCCCGGCUGACUGCCAGGGUGGCCGCAGAGGAGUGGUGCUGCUGCUGAUCUUGGGACAGCUGUCUUCCCACCCACUCUCCCUGUGUCUGCUUCCUCUCGGGCUGUCACAGUCUUGAGAUGCUUGGAGAGAGCCCCGGGCCAGCCCUCCAUUGCUAUCCCAGCAGUGACAGCUUGGUCUCUCAUCUCCCCCUCCCCUCUGAUCCCAACCCUGGUGCCUGGCUCAUCCACCUCCUGCAUUUUUCUUUCCUGCUGUUUUGUAAAAAGAAACCCAAACAAGUGAGAGUAAUAUAUAAUUCUCUCAUGUUUUGUAGGUCUAUAAUAAAGAACUUUAUGUGA